AUGGCUCCAAUACCCAGUAAGGCCCGGGUGUAUGCGGAGGUCAUUCCAUCGAAGCAGCGAGAAUAUUGGGAUUACGAGUCACUGAUCGAAUGGGGCAACAUUGAUGAUUAUCAAUUAGUCCGGGAACUUGAACGUGGAAAAUGUUCGGAAGUUUUCGAAGGAGUGAAGCUCACUACCGCCGAGAAAAUGGUAAUUAAAAUAUUAAAGCCUGUAAAAAUGAAGAUAAAGCGAGAAAUCAAAAUCUUGGAAAACUUGUGUGGCGGUACGAAUGUUAUCGCUUUGUUAGAUGUCGUAAAGGAUCCAAUUUCUCGCACUCCUGCUUUGAUUUUUGAUCGUCCACAAACUACAGAUGAGGAGCUUGAUGAAAUUAUGACUGAACAAGAACAGGCGGUUGCACAGAAGGCAGCUGGAGAGUUUCAAGCCAUGUUGCAGCAAAUGGUGAAAGUCCAAGAGGAGACUCUUGCCUUGGCGGCAGAUACAGCUGCGAAGUUUCUUCAGUGCGAAGUUGCAGAAACAAAAGAUGGGGAGCAGAGCGUUUUUGCUUCCACAAGCAGAUAUGACUAUGAUUAUCUGUUCAUAAUCAUGACUGGCCGACUUGCAAAUGCUGAUUCCGUCGAAUGUCGAAAUUUAUGUGUACGAAUGACUGGACUAGCAAGCUGCCUUGAUGAGGACAUAAUGAAAGACCACGUCUCAAGUGUGCAUCUUUUCUGGAAGCUGACAACUGCGAAAUCAAGGUGA